CCAGCAAACAGAUUCAGAUUUUCUAGCUCUACUUCCUGCAGCUAGUGACCUGCCGUGAGCACAUCGAGAUCACCCAUGGCCUCCGCCUCGGUUCUCUUCGCCACGGCGCUCGCCAUGGCGCUCAUGCUCAGCAGCACGAGCGACGCCGCGCGCCGCCGCGCGGACGACGUCACGACUCCGGCGGCGGCUGCGCCCGCCGCCGUGCCCACCGUGCCUGCGGUCGCCUUGCCACCCAUGCCAGCCGUGCCGGUGGUCCCCGCGGCGACCCUCCCGCCGCCGAUCCCCGCGGUGCCUGCCGUGCCGAACGCGGCGAUGCCACCCAUGCCGGCCGUUCCCGCCGUGCCGAAGGCGACGCUGCCUCCGAUGCCCGCCGUUCCUAAGGUCACCCUGCCACCGAUGCCCUCCGUCCCCAAGGUGACGCUGCCGCCGAUGCCAUCCAUCCCCGGCGUGCCGGUGCCAUUCUUGGCGCCGCCACCUUCGGCAUAACCGAAAUCAAGAAUGCAUGAGGACAGUCCAUGCGUGGAGUUCCUGCCAUUUGGAGAUGUCUGAUUGUGUUGGAGAGGUAUUGGGUUGUGUCAUUGAUUUCUCAUAUGUAUACAGAUUACAGAGUGCUCCGCUAUAUAAAUAUGGGUUCGAUUUGGUCAUUUGUGUUUCACACUCGUACUGUACUAAUAUUCAUAUCUUCUUUGUAGUUCAUGGACUGAAUUUUCACCCUGUAAAGCAAAUAAAAUAAAAUCCGUUCUCAUUCAACAAA